GCUGUCCGUUGUUAUUCAACGCGGCUGUUACACACGUGGGCGUUUCCAGCAGAGAGCAGGGAGAGGACAGCAGAGCUGCAGUAAACACACGGAAAACACUGGAAAUUACAAUAAACAGAAAUGUCGACUGUAAAUUUAUCCAAAUUAGGCUCUAAUCUGCUGAAAAGCGCCGCUUCUGGAGAGAACGUGGAGCUGGGCUCUCUGUGGCGGGAUCAGACAGUGGUGCUCUUUUUCCUCCGGCGGUUUGGUUGCCAGAUCUGCCGCUGGAUGGCUGCGGAGGUCAGUAAGCUGGAGAAGGACCUGAAGGCUAAUGGAGUAGCUCUCAUAGGUGUAGGACCUGAAGAGAUGGGACUGAAAGAGUUUAAGGAAGGAGGUUUUCUGAAGGGAGAUAUUUACAUUGAUGAAAAGAAACAAUGCUACAAGGACCUCGGAUUCAAGAGAUAUAAUGCUAUAAAUGUGGUUCCUGCUGCAUUGGGGAAAAAAGUACGAGAAAUCUCCUCAAAGGCAAGUGCUGAAGGAAUUCAGGGCAACUUCAGUGGGGAUCUUUUACAAAGUGGGGGCAUGCUGAUUGUUGCUAAAGGUGGUGAGAAGGUCCUGCUGCACUUCAUCCAAGACACACCAGGAGACCAUGUACCGCUGGAGGACAUAACCAAAGCCCUGGGCAUCAGCGCCAGCGUUCAGGCUGGCGUGAGACCACAGUGCAACGAUGACGUCUGUACAAGAUGAAGAAUCGCCGCUGUUUUCAGGAGCCUACACUGCAACUUUUGUUUUUAAUUUUGACACCAAUCACUGUGUUACAGUUUUACAUGAAGUUUAUUAAUAAAUGUUUUAAUUUAUUGUGUAUCAUUUCACUUUCAGAGGAAAGUAAUCACACUGAUAUAUUACCGAUCAGUAAUUCACAACAAAAUAUCAUAUAUCAAUCCUGAUUUACAUGAUUUUGUCACAUUUUCAUGACAAUUGUUUUAUGAUCUAAAUUUAAAUCACUGUACUUCGCGGCUUUGACGUCUUUCAGGCUGAAUGGGAUUUUUAGCUGCUCAUUUAGACUCUGCAUGUGCCAGCUAAGUGAUUUUACACUUUACUCUGAGGUGUUUUUCCACCCUGUCUGCUGGAGAACUGAUACUUUUGGUUUCUUGCUGAUUGGUUGUCUUUAAUGUGGAGCAUCCUUAGGUUUGAGAAAGGUACUAAAUAAAGUGGUAAAAAAAAACUUUUGGUUCUUCAAUAAAAAAAUUUAAUCCAGCAAACUUAACAACACAGUUGCUAAAAAAAAAGAAUAAUAAUCUUUUAUCUCAUCAUGUGGGCCACUUAACCUCUUGAGACCCUGCAUCCUCAAAUGGGGACAUUACAUUUCUGUUUCUCCACCAUUUUUUCACCAUGUUACAUAAUUGUUUUUUGAAACGUUGACCCUUUGAUCUGUUAAGGAGAGACUGUCUGUACCAUCUAAAGGUCACAUGAAUCCAUCCCAGACAAAUGUUUCUACAGCCAGUUGAGACAGAAACAUUAAACUAGUUAAAUGACUUACUGUAGAAAGCUAAAAUUAUUCUUAAAAGUUUAUUAAUUAAACUACGAUCAAAAUAUGAGGACAUUAUUUUUUGCAUUGUUUUUUUAUACUCGAUAGAUCCUAAUAAUCCCAAUGAGCUAGAAUGCACAACAAGCAAAUGUCCAGGUCUCAGGAGGUUAAAUACUAUUUAUAUUGAAAAGACUGUUUGCUCUGUAUACUAAUACUAAUGCCUGCAGAUGUGGACUGUGAUUGUUAAAUAAAACUAAAACAGUUUUGCACUGUAGUCAAAAUAUUUUUCACUGUAAUAAAAUAUUAAAGUGACUUUUUUUUUUUCUUUU